AUGUCAGGCUCGGCUGUAAGGGACUAUGGGAAUGAAGCAGACCACGAUGGGAGAUUUUCUGGACCUUGUCGGGCUUUAGACAGCCCGGUCGGCCUGUCAACCACGUCCAUGCACUCAUGUUUGGCGGGUGUCUGCAAAUUUGGUAGGGGGUGGGCAGGGGAUAGGAGGUACUUUCUGCCUAGGGAGUUCAGAAAUGCUGAACACUGUACCUCUGGUAAUCCAGGGAAGUACCUCAAGUACAUUGCCGGCGGCGAGGACACGGCUGGGAACCGGUGCUGUGCAACCACACUCGUCGCAUGCACACCACCCAUAGGCUGCCCAUCAGGAACAGCUCAAACACAAGCUCCUUCCGGAAAGAAAGCCUCGAAAGGAAUCAUUGUUCUUGUAAAUGUUCCCCUGGAAGGCGUAGCAUUGGGCCUUGCAUCAUCUUCUCCGAUGCCCAAGGACGCCAUCAUUGCGUCAGACGAACAGAAACAGAGGAGCCACAAAGCUCUGCUGCACAUUGAAAGGCAACAGUCCCGCAGCAUCGAUGAACUGAUCCGGUAG